AUGACGGAAAUGCCCCUCAGCCUAAUAGCUCAUUUCAUCUCCUCCCCCCUCUCUCUGUUCGCCUCCUCCGCGCACACUUCCCACGCCAGCUUCCCCAUCAUCGCCGUCGCCGUCAUCGGCAUUCUCGCCACCGCGAUCCUCCUCGUCAGCUACUACAUAUUCGUCAUCAAAUGCUGCCUCAACUGGCACCGCAUCGACCUGCUACGCCGCUUCUCCUUCUCGCGGCGGCGCGCGGCGGAGACACCUGCUUCUCCUGCUGCUGCCUAUUUCCCGCCGCUCGAGAACCGCGGCCUCAACGAGGCCGCCAUCAGAGCCAUCCCGAUCUUCAAGUUCGGGAGCGAAGCCUCCUCCUCCGACGACGACGCCGCGAAAUCUCAAUCUCAAUCUUGCGAUUGCGCGGUUUGCUUGAACGAAUUCCAGCGGGGAGAGAAGCUGCGCAUGAUUCCGAAUUGCAGCCACAUCUUCCACAUCGAUUGACAGACUGCUAAAUUAAUUCCGAAUCAGUAGUUGCCGCGCCGUCGAUCGACCGCCUGAAACCCUAUCGCCGCCGCCUGAAACCCUAAUUUCUGAGGAGGAGACGCCGCAAAUCUGGCUCUCUCUCUUUCUCAUGCUCGAUCUCCGGUAGCCCCUCCACGCAGAUCUGGCUCUCUCUCUCUCUCUCUCACUCUCUCUCUCUCUCUCUCUCUCUCUCU